GACUCUAGAGUCUUCCCGGGCUCCGGUUGCCAUCUUAUCAAACGUAGCGCCCAGUUGAUAAGGGCUUCACCGAACGGUAUCGGUGUGAGGUGAAGGAGUUUUUGUUGUGUUGCGAUAAAAUUGUUCAUCACCAACCAACGCCUGAAUCGAAACCUUCACCUAGUCGUGUGCAAUUUAGUGUGAUUUCUACGCUUGCACAGCGGCCUACCAACCGCCGUCAUAAUGCGUGUGCCGUGAUCGUUCGUUCUGGAGUGAAUUUAAAAAAAAGCUAACAAAUAGAUUUAUUUCACAAAAAGGAAGUGAGAAAGUUGAUAGAAUAGGGUGGAUGAAAUGGUGAAAAUGAAAAUACCACUAGCAGUUGCUAGCACUGCGUCGUUGAUCGUGAUCUUGUUCGCAUCGAACGUUCUCGUCACUGCACAGCUACAGCAGGAUGAGGCGUACGAGUUACCCGAUCUGCAGUCCGUGCCGGAAGAUAAGCCCAACGAUGAUAGCGCCCUGACCGAUGACUACGUCAACUGUCCUCCCGAGGAUCCGGUUGCGGGAGAGCAAUCGAGUCCACCAACAACGGACGAACGGAAACCUGCUGCUGGGCGCGGGAAGUUCGAAGACUAUCCUCCAGUGGUAAAGAAUGAGAAUGGUCGUGUGGUGAGACUGCCGGGAAUGCGCCCCAGAGGUGAGCCUUUCGAUCGGGUGAAGAUCAUUGACGAUCAGCAAGACGUCGACCUGCUUGAUAUGGCUGACAAUCUGUCCGUCGAUAACGUUGGAGAGGUUUUUGAAGAAGCAGCCGAAUCGUUCGAUGGUUCUGGCGAUGAUGACAUGCAGCUGGAAGGUUCGCCCGAGCAGGAAACCGUCGAGCGUAUCCACGUUCCCGUCCAAAAACCUGCGAUCCCUGUAAGCGCUGUGAGCGAGGACCCGUCCGAUGGGGAGAUCGACGGUGAAAAGGGUUAUCUCAAGCAUCUCAAAGCGCAAGUCCUGUACGAUCUGGCGGACGGUGAAACGAAAGCGCAAGGUGUGAAAAAGUUCCUCGAGCAGCAUCCGGAAGAAAUCGUGCUGGAAUCGCCCAACUAUCCGAACCCGUAUCCCAACGCAAUUAACGAUCUACGAAAUUUCUCCGUCGAUGGUGGACGGGGCGUGCAGAUCACGAUCCACGAUCUAGAUCUCAAUCCGACCACCGACUUCCUGUACAUUCGGGCCGGAAAUCUGGAAGACACCGACGAGAAGGGCCCGGUACUGACGGGCACGUACACGGAACCGCUACGGUUUCUGAUUCCACAGACAACCACGUUCACCAUUCACUUCGUCGCCCAGCAGGACGCUGAGGUGGAGCAGAAGCAUCGAGGCUUUCAGCUGUCGUACGCUUCGUUCGGGGAGCUAAACUCUCCAACGACACCGACCACGACGGAGGUGAUCGUACCGCAGGAGGAGCUCCAGUGGACGACGAAGGAAAUAGUGAUGACGCCGGAAAUGAUGGAGCUGCCGAGCACGUGGGACGAGAUCAAGGCAGCGCUGUCGAACGCAAGCAAUCAGUACAUCGAAGCUUACAACUUGACGUACAUGCCCAGUCGUCCGUUCGAUGUGAAGCUUCUGGCGCGGAAGUGUCCCGAUACGUGGAGGAACUACGAGAACUGUGUUAGUUUGGAGUUUGCCGUCCCGCUUCGUCCAAUUUUCUACGAACCAUCGGACGAUGAUGAUGGAUUAGCGUUUGGCUUUGGCAACAAGUUCCUGCAGAAGGGUUUCAUCUCGAUCUCGACAACGGAAGCCACCGAACCGCAGUACGAGCUGGAUGUGAAGAAUCUGGACGUGAUGUGGGAAGAGUUUGGCCAGAUGGAGUUGCAGCGUUCCGGGUACGAUAUGUACAUUAUGCCCGAGAGUAGCCGGAUCUUGCUCACGUGGAUAGGGAUAAGCCUUGCGAUUGUGUGCACGUUCCUGUUUGUGCUGUACAUGAUAUGGAAGAUCGAUAUCUUCAAGGAUUAUCGCAGGAUUUCACGCUCAAGCCACAACACCAACGUGGACGACGACAAAAAUGAGCUGAAAAAGAAGGAGUUCGAUAUCUCCAUGUUCCCGUCGCCCCAUCAGGUAGUGCCAACGUUCUUCCCCACCGGCGAUCCUUACGGGGCGCCUGAAUCGGAUGCACAGUACGCGUACGAUAAUGCGACGAUGAGCCAGUGGCCGGAAGACUUCAACGAUCCGCGCUACCCCGAAACAUCGUUCAGUACUGGCCAUAAUCAGCAGCACGGCAAUAAUCAGCGAACCGGUCCGGCGCGUCCGUACGAACCCGUCUCACCGAUGGACUUAUCACCCGCACCGGUCGAUUUUAAUGUAUCGCCCAUGCGUUCCUCGCGUCCUUCGGCAGGGAGCAGAAAUAAUCCAUUUUUAUCGCCGCCACCCCGCCACGUAGGAGGCGGAGGACCUCGAAUGUCCGCCGGCAACCAACCGCCACCACCACCACCACCGCCCGGUUUAAGGUAAUAAACUGCGUGCGGAACGCGGUUAAUUAAAAAUAUGUGAACUAACCCCCGGAUCGUCGAGGAUCCACAAGCCGAGGACAAAAAUUGGAGCACAGAGAUGGAAGCGCAGCGGAGAAACAAACUCUAUAAAAUAAAGUAACAACCGAAGGAAAGGA